AUGGCAUGUUCGAAGCUCAAGCCGCCUGCUGAUUGGGACGCUCCAGGCACAACGGUGCCCGAAGAAGGUUUCGAGAUUGUAAAGAAUCAUCCGCUGCUGCCCUGGCUCAAAGGCUAUUUGCUCAAGCAUAAGUUUCCUAGCGUAGAGAAUGGCCAGCUCAAAGGGGUCUUGGACCUUGACUUCUUCCCUGACAUCAUCCUUUCCCCUCCCAAUCCAGUGCUCCUCGCAAACCCAACAGUCCAGGAUUUCUAUUGGAAGGACACAAAGGUGGUAAUCUGUGCCCCUGAUGUCUUCCACAACAAGUUCUGUCCAGGGGGGAAAAUCCCCUGCCCGCGAUGCAGAAACCCAAUUGGCGUUGGCCCGGAUGGUUGGGAAAGAGAUUUUCGGGUAGCUCAUGGGAUUGCUUGCACCUUCCUCAUCCUCGCCAAGCGCUACCGCUGCAAAGAUUGCAUCCAGGCUAGGAGAGAGGGCAGCGGAAAAGCCACCUCAUUCAAUGCGCUCAAUCCAGUCAGCUUAAGCCUCCUGCACCCUUUGAUUGACCAGCAGCUGCCCUUCAGGAGAACGCACAGGGGUGCUCUUCAUCGGCCUCUGGUUGAUCUCAUAGACAGGGACGUGCUCAACAAGAAGUCAUUCCUUGACGAGCACGACAUGCUGAAAGAGCUAGCGUACUCGAACUACUACAGAGCUCAUCUCCUGAGCCUGUCUUACGAAGAUGCAAUGCAGGCCUUGAGGAAGCAGGGGAUGCUGUGUUUUGCCACACCCAAACCGCUCGAGCCGUUCAGCUCCUUCUCUGACCCUGCCGGGUAUCGGGGCGGCUCUCCGUCCGCUAGCUACCUCACACAGGUCUACAAAGAUGACUGCGAGGAAAGCCGAGAGUACGUCACAAAGCGGCUGUGCACUUACAGCGGCCGAACGGUGUGCGCGGAUCACACCUUCCAGACAAUGAAGGCUAUCCGGCAGGGUCAAGAGCAGAGGUUUGAGGCAUUGCACAGCUUCAUGAACGAGCAUGCGCAGAUCUGCUCGUCAAUCUUCGUGGAGAGCACAAGUAUGGAGGAGUGCCUUAUGCAGGCGCGACUCUUUUACGAGCGCUGUAUUGCGUUGGGCCUGGAGGUACCCGAGAUCCUCUACCUCGACAAUCCAGACCUAGUAGGCGCAGCAUACCUGGGGGCCUUGCACUCAUAUGGCUUGAAGCACGUCAAGCUGGACUUCUUCCACUUUCUGAGCCGCCUGAAGAAGCUCUUGUACGAGACGCAUUCUCUAACAGGGCCCUUGCUUCGGAUGGUGGUGUGCGCGCUGUUUACUAUCAACCGUGCUGACGAGCUGGCCCUGCGCAAGUACCUGCGAUCGGAGCGGAACAUGUCGGAAAAGGAAAUUAUCGGGCUCGGAUCUGCCUACUUCUGGAAGCGCUGCAGAAGGCACUCUCGACCAAAGGAGGAGCAAGCAGCUAUGUUCGAGCGAACCGUACGGCACUUCCAAGCCACAGCCGACAUUGAGAACGGGCUUCCUCUCUUCAUGGGGACCACGGAAGACCAAGAGCGCGCCAUCAACCGGCUGAUGGGACUCAUCAAUGACGACUUUCUGACAGAUCCUCCUGGUCCGAUGUACACGGUUAGAAGCAAGCCGGGAGCCAAGCUGCCGACAUAUGUGAGCAAGAGAGGGUCCAGCAAGCAGGAGGGGUGGCACUCCCACGUGAACGGCGUCUGCUCCGGAAACAACAACAGCCCACAGCUUGCUGGGGACCAGAUAUGCCGGUUCAUCCUCCGGUGGAACAUCGAUGCAGGCAUCCGCAACAAGGGCGAAGAGGACCUGCACACAUACAAUGGCCGCCUGAUAGAGUCGAUCCAGAAGGCCGCCGCAGCUGUGCAGAAACCGAAUCCCUAUCCAAGCUGGAAACCAGUUCCGGCAGACUUCGUCCCAAGGGAGGUUUUUGGGGCUGAGAGGUUGCCGGAAGCGCCUGCAGUUGAGAUCCCCGUCGAGCAGGCCCAGGAGAUGGACCAUCUUCCGGAGCUCGAAGAGGGUUCGUUUGACGACCCCGCUAUGCUGCCCGCUCGGCCUCCGACUCCGUCCAAGAGAAGCGACAACCUUGGAAGCGGAAGCCUUUUCGGCGCGCCACCUGCAACAGUGGGCCUGACUGCGGGGUCUUGCCCGGCCGCAAAUCUGGGGGAGGGCUGCGAGAGCGGUCCCUGGAUGCCGCCGACCGCGGGCCCGUCCGGGGGGGUCCGUUCGCCCGCGGUCCUGGGUAGGAGCCGCCCCCAAGCUCCGCCGACCGUGGGCCUGUCCGGGGGGGCUCGUUCGCCCACGGUGCUGGGGAGGGGCGGCGAAAGCGGCCUCCAAACGCCGCCCACUGUGGACCUGUCCGGAAGGGUCCGUUCGCCCGGGGUUUUGGACGAGGACGGCCCCCACAUGUCGCGGACCAUGAGCCUGACUGGGGGGUUCCGUUCGCCCGGAGUUCAGGAGGGCGGCGGCGAAAACGGCCCCCAAACGCCGCCGACUGUGGGCCUGUCCGGGGGGUGCCGCUCGCCCACAGUUUUGAGGGUGGGCAGCGCGAGCGGCCUCCACGUUGCGCCAACUCCCGGCCUGACCCGCCCCCAAGCUCCGCCGACUGUGGGCCUGUCCGGGGGGCCCAGUUCGCCCGCUGUUCUUGGGGGGGGCGGAGAGGGCGGCCCCCACAUGUUGCGGACCGCGGGCCUGACCGGGGGGUUCCGUUCGGCCGGAGUUCUUGGGGGGGGCGGCGAGGGCAGCCCCCAUAUGUCGCGGACCGCGGGCCUGACUGGGGGGUUCCGGUCGGCCGGAGUUCUUUGGGGGGGCGGCGGCGAGGGCGGUUCCUGCAUGCCACCGAUCGCGGGCCUGUCUCGAGGGGUCCGUUCGUCCGGAGUACUUGGAGGAAGCGACAAAACCGUCCCCCAAACGUCACCAAUGGGUCCCGUUUAUGAGGGCAACGGGAAACCGGACCUGCACGGGACUGGUUCGCCGUCUCUUUAUGCGGACUUGGAUCAUGAGCAGACCACUCGAAACACAAGCAAGCAACGGAAGCUCUCCGCUGCCGCUGUGAAGAAACAGCCCGUGUCGGCGGCAAGAUUCAGCCUUCCAAGAGUGACGCGACGUAUUCAUUCUGAGGCGGAACGGCGGCUAUUUUUUGAGUUGUGUCCGGUAGAAGGAGGCAUAAAGUGGGACGAUUUCACCCGGCAAUACAAUUUCCGGGUCAACGAGGCGCUCCGGGCAAGUCGGAAUUCUUCACGCGUUGAGAUCACCGACCUCGCCCUCAAGCAAAAGAAACAUCUGAUUGAGUUUGCUCGGGGCUUAGUGGACCAGCAAAUUGUUGACGCCUCACUCGGAUGGUCCACUGACGCGGUUACACGCUUCCAGAUGUGGACCGUUGUUGUACGAUGA